AUGGCCCUCCGCACGCGGUGUCUCUCUCGAAUCGCGAGGACACCGAUCCACCGCACGCAAUGGCACAGGUUACCGCUGCGCUGCUACUCCUCCGCCGCGCAAACCGACCCGGACUGGUUCCAGCAGCUCCGCGAAGAGAUGUUGAACCGCGAAUCCCCCCCCCUCCGCGAUAACAUCAAUGAAGGCUCCGAAAUCAAGCUGGUGAACACGCUCUCCUCAUUCCUUCCCGAAGACUGGAAGCCACUCCUCAAAUCAAAGAAACCCGCAGAUUCGCUCGGCCAUCACCUUAUCUACUUCAAUCCCGUCCUACCCGCUGACAAGCUGCUGCCUGAUGGCACCGAUCCGUUACAGAGCCCGGGAGGCGCCUUUGUACGCCGUAUGUGGGCCGGUGGCUCGGUUCGGGUGAACAAGACCGAAUACUUUCGCAAGAAUGAGGGCUGGAUGGUGGGAACGACGGGUGUUUGCGUGGAGCGCAUCAAAGAGGUACGGCUGCGAGGCCAGGGCGAUGCCGAGAAGAUAUUCGUCACUAUCGAGCGGCGCUUUGCAAAGAUGUCGCAUUUAAUCGAUGCUAUGAGGGUGGCGGGGUUCGACAGGGCUGCCGGUCCGCAGAAGUACUUUCAAAAGCAGGUCCGAGAAGUGGAAGGUUGGGGCAGUGCGCUGCUCAUUGAGGAACGCAAUCUGGUGUUUAUGAAGCAGCGGAGCAUAGCUGAGCUAGAAGCUAUCAAAGCUGGCGAACUGGCGCCCAUCAAGUACUUGGAUCCACCUGGCCAGCCCGACUUCUCGCACCCCCUGACACCUACGCCUUCACUCCUUUUCCGCUUUUCAUCUCUGACUUUCAAUGCCCACGCCAUCCACCUCGAUCGGGAGUACUGUCGCACGGUAGAAGGACAUCGCAACCUGCUCGUCCACGGCCCUUUGACCCUGAUGCUUAUGCUCAAACUCAUCGCUGCCCAUCUUCGCUCGCUCCCUGGGCCUCCGACGUUCACCCAGUCCAUCGAAUACCGGAACCUUGCGCCGCUAUGCUGUGAUGAGGAAUUGCGGUUAUGUUUGAAAGAGAAGAUGGGCCUGCGCACCGAGGACGGCGGGAUAUACGAUGUGUGGAUUGAAGGUCCAAGCGGCGGCAUGGCAGUCAAGGCGGUGGUGCGCACUUCGGUGGUCCCGGAGCAAGAACCGUUAAAGCCUCCGGAUCUGCCUCAGAGUGGAACAGACAAAGCCGAAGGCAAGGAUGUAGACUUAAAAAGGCGUCAUGGGCUGAUUCGGAAAAUCCCCGUCGAUCCGAGCCGCGAUCGAGAACCUCCCCGAGCUCGCGUGGUGGAAUUUCGGCCCGUGGAGGCAGACGACUCCAACCCCGUCGCAUAG